AUGUCUUUUUCAGAAGAAUUAUUACUUUCACCUUUAAGUAAUAUUAUUGUUCAUCUUUCUGGAAAUCAUCAAAUAACAGAAGAAUUAAAAAUAGAAGAAAAAUCAAUUCAAACUACAAUUACAAAAAUGAUUGCUCGUCCAUAUAAAAAUUCAAAACAACAAGAAUUAUAA